AUGGGGUUGACGCGAGGAGAUCGUAUCGGAAAGGGAGGUUACGGGGAGGUGUUUAUCGCCAUCCCAAGUAACCCCGCCUUCAAUAAGAUGGCCGUGAAAUCGGCGCCGGUAGAGAACGCCGCCUCUCUCUUGAUCGAGUACCAAAUUCUAGAGAAGUUUCGCGACGUCACGGGAGUGGUGCAGACCUUCGGCCCCGAACGCAGAGAACCGGAAUCCGGAAGCGGCGGCGGAGGAAGAACAUACAACCUGCUAAUGGAACUCGCGCCCCGAGGAUCUCUCGUGAAUUUGAUCGGUGAUUACUUCCGCAUCGGACGGCGAAUAGCGGGAAUCCCGGAAACACACAUCGCGGAUUUCGGGCUUGCGAUGGAGACUUGGAAACUGAGUCCCGGGAGCAAGAGAUUCACAGGGACGCUGAGGUAUAUGUCGCCGGAGGUGGCGGUGGAGGGGAAGGUUUCGCCGGCGAUGGACAUAUGGAGGCUGGGCUGCACUUUGGUGGAGAUGCUGACGGGGAAUUUGUCGUGGAGCAAAUUCAAGGAGGAUCGAGAAGUAUUCAUGGAAAUUGCGGCAGGCCGGACGCCGGAGAUUCCAGAGUGGAUGUCGGUGCAGGGGAAGGAUUUCUUGAGAAAGUGUUUGGACGAAGACGGCGGCAGGGCGAUGGGUGGAGGAGGAAUGGAGAUGCAGAGAUCGGCUGUUGCUGUGCGUCCGCUUCAGUUGUUUCAGCAGGGAAGGGCUGCGGCUUUGAUGUGUUGA